GACCAAGGCUCCUUUGUUCAGCAAACACUAUAAAUAUAAAGGACUGGCUGAAGGUUAACUCAUUCCAGCACUCUGGAGAAAGGCACGCGGGCGCAGUGAACGAAGCCCCCUCCCGCGCGCCAUGGCUCUGUUCGGAAAGGUGCUGGAGCCCGUGGGGUACAUGCAGACCAUGCGGGCCCUGGUGCUGGGAGUCUGCUCCUACCUGGACGGCAGCGCCAAGCCCGACGAGGUGGACUUCGUCAAGAAGAACUUGGACCUGAUCGACCGGGAGCUGGGCCGCGGGCGCGGCCUGCUGCGGGACGCUGAGGUGCACGGCUUCGAGGACGACGUGGUGGUGGUGUACUGCCAGCUGGGGGCGGUGCUGAGGGCCGAGCGGGAGCACACCAAGCGGGAGACCGAGGUCUUCCUGCAGUACGUGGCGGAGUACCGCCUGGAGAGGCAGCUGACCGCCCUGUACAGCCGGCUGAUGGGCAUCUCCGUGCUGACCGACCAGCCCACGCUGCUGGAAGACAUCAUCAGGAGCUACCGGCCCAGGCGCUGGGAGAUGAGGGAGUUCUGCGAGAAGGUGAACUUUGUGCUGGGGACGGGACUGCUGUGCCUUUUCACCCAGGCCUCGUUGACUGGGAGGGACCAGGCCUUGCUCAUGAAGACCUGGUCUGAGAAGAUGUCUGCCCUCUACAAGAAAAUGAAGGCUUCCGGCUGCCUGUGCUCAGAGUAUUUCCGGGAGCAGGCAGAAGAGGACAUCCAGAAGCACAUCCAGGAAGGGAAGAAGAACAAGAAGACACCGGAGGAGCAGGCCGCGUCUAUCCUGAAGACGCUGGAGAAGAACUACGACUGGCUGCGCUGGGCUGUGAUGGUGCACCAGGAGUGCGCGGAGGAAGGGGAGACAGAGGUGAAGAAGCCGGAGAACUUCAUCUCCGUUGGCGAGCCCUCUAGCCUGCAUGUGGUGGCCUGCUACAGUGAUGGGCCCUCCUCUCUGGACAAGAGCCGCAUCCACCAGCUCAUCGUGGACCUGGAGUGGAAGAUCCCCAACCCCCCUCCCGAGGUGUACGCUGCCAUUGAGGAGGAACCCCGUAAAGCGCGCAGCUAUUUGGCUUCCCGCAUGCUGCAGAAACUGCAGGAAGGGCUUGGCGACGGCAUCUCGGUGCACGUGGUGCCGAGCAAGAUGGAGAUGAAGUGCAACUUCCCCCAGGCCUCCUACUACCUCUAUGAGUACAAACACCGCCUUGCCUCAGGCACUCUCUGUGUAUUUGGAUAGAGAGCAGAGUCUCAUCGUUUCUUCAGUCUUUUAAUCAGUUUAUCAGAUGUUUUUGCCUGGUCUUUUCCUAAUAUGCUGUUUCAGAUAUUUUUAAUUUUAAAUAAAGUACCACAAAUCCCCAUCCCUGGUCUUCAGGUACAUGAAUGUUUUGUAUGACUUUGUGUAUUUCAGUGUUAUCAAAAAUGCCACAUUUUUUUUACUAAGUUAACAUAAAAUACUAUUUCCAAACUCAAAGGGAAAAAUUUCAAUCAACAGAGCCUGUAUGUUUUUUUUGCUAGUUAUGUUAUCGGUUGGUAUGGUUUUGUACUGAUGCAGAAUUCUUUAGCACUGGUAAUUAACACUUUGCGGAAUGACCAAUAAGUUAUACCAUGACACAUAAGUAAACUGUAUUGUCUGUUAAAUUUGCAAGAUCUAUGAUGAUCGUACCACAAAUACUUGCACUGAAAACAUUUGGGCUAUUUCAGUACAUAGCAGUGACUCUAGAUUGAAAUGGAUAGAACAUCCAUCCUUUUCUAACCACUUUCUCCCAGACAAGGUUGCAAGGACGUCUGAGCCUGUCCCAGCAAACAACAGGCGCAGGACAGGAAACACCCUGGACAGAACACCAGUCCAUCACAGGGCAGACACCAGUCACAGACACGCACACACUCACACCAGGGUCAAAUUUCCCAGCUAACUGACCCACCAGUAAGUCUUUGGACUGUGGAAAUCAAAGCACCCAGAGGAAACCCCCAUGAACACAGGGAGAAUUACAAACCCCUCCCAGGAACUGAAGCCAGGACCC